GAUACAGACGUGGAGGUAAAGAAGCCUAAGGUGGAUUUUAAGUGAAACCUGAAAGCUGUAUCUGGACAAAGACGAAGAUCACCUGAUUCCAGCAAACAUGGAUGAAAAACCCACCUGUGACCAGUGUGGAAAGACUUUCACUGCAGAAAAUUCCUUAAAAACCCACCAACGAAUUCACACUGGAGAAAGACCAUAUGAGUGUGACCUGUGUGGGAAGACUUUCACCACACCAGCUACCUUAAAAACCCACCAACAGAUACACACUGGGGAAAGACCUUAUGAGUGUGACCAGUGUGGGAAGACUUUCAUCCAAGAGAGCACCCUUAGAAAACACCUACGCAUUCAUAGUGGAGAAAGACCAUAUGUCUGUGACCAGUGUGGGAAAUCUUUCACCUACAUGCAUCACCUUAAGAUACACCUACGCAAUCAUAGUGGAGAAAGACCAUAUGGCUGUGACCAGUGUGGGAAGACUUUCACUCUUAUAAGUACCUUUAAAACACACCUACGCACCCACAGAGGAGAUAGACCAUUUAGCUGUGACCAGUGUUUGAAGACUUUCACCAGACUGAAUCACCUCCAGAGGCACCUACGCAUCCACAGUGGAGAAAGACCAUAUGAGUGUAACCAGUGUGGGAAGACUUUCACCAGAUUGAAUCACCUUGAGAGACACCUACGCAUCCACAGCGGAAAAAGACCAUAUGACUGUGACCAGUGUGGGAAGACUUUCACCCAAAUGUCUAACCUUAAAACACACCUACUCAUCCACAGCGGAGACAGACCAUAUGAUUGUGAACAGUGUGGUAAGACUUUCAUCCGCAUACACAGCCUUAAGAUGCACCUUCAAAUCCACAAAGAUGAAAGACCAUAUGGCUGUGACCAGUGUGACAAGGCUUACAUCACAAUACAUGGCCUUCGAAGACAUAGAGCCAUCCACUCUGGAGAAAGACCAUAUCACUGUGGCCAGUGUGGGAAGACUUUCACCCUAAUGCGUAACCUUAAAACACACCUACACAUCCACAGUGGAGAAAGACCAUAUGAGUGUGAACGGUGUGGGAGGGCUUUCAUCCGGAUACACAGUCUUAAGAUACACCUACGCAUCCACAAUGGUGGAAGACCAUAUGAGUGUGAUAAGUGUGGGAAGACUUUCACCCAGAUGAGUAACCUCAAGAGACACCUACGCAUCCACAACGGUGAAAGACCAUAUGAGUGUGACCAGUGUGGGAAGACUUUCAUCAGAAUGAGUCACCUCAAGACACACCUACGCAUCCACAAAAGUGAAAGACCAUAUGAGUGUAACGAGUGUGGGGAGACUUUCACUCAAAUGUGUAACCUUAAAACACACCUAUGCAUCCACAAGGCGGAAAAACACCGAAACAGUUUGAGCGUUACAGAUGUGAAAAAAGAUUCUUGCCAUACUCUGCUUUCUCCUAUCAUCAGGACAGAUGUGAAUCAUCAACAUCUGGAUGAAAAAGUACCUCAGCAUCAGAUGACAAGAAGAAACGCAGUGUCUGAACCAGCAGCACCAACUUCUUUUGACAAGAACAUCAAACUUAAAAACCUCCAGAUCUGGCUCCAUAGAGUCCAGAUGUGAAGACAAACACCAGACUGAAAGCUGUGUUUUGUUGUCCUCAGAGUAAAGAAGUGUGUUCUAAUGUACCACCUUCACACAACAGUGACGUUACAGAACCUUAACCUGCCGCAACGUGUAAAGUCCAACUAGUGGAGGUCAACAAGGACCUGCUUUCAAUGGGGACACUACUUCUAUUGACUUUGUGGACGUUUAAUCAGUCACUUGUUGUGAUUCUGUUGCUGGUUGGGGUUCACACCUGUUCAUUGUCCUUUCCAUAGUUGUUCUGUGCAGUUUAAGUUCAUACCCCAAAAUGUUCUACUCUUUUUUUUAACCCCCAACUGUGUAAAAUUAACUGUUGCAUAACCUGAAGAACACCAUUGGUUGAAGGUGUCAGAGUCCUGAAUCCAUGUAGUUUUUCAUCAGUCAUAAACAACAUGGUGAACAUCAUAUGGAUGAGACAGAAUGACUGAUGAACUGGUAGUGGUUUAGUCCCAGACUGAGGCCGACAACAUGAAGGAGAUCACAUUCCAGUUGAGGAGGAA